AGCUUUUGUGCGCAAGACUCUCGAGAGCUUUUCGCGAGAUCGCGUUACGCUUCGUCAGUUAGUGCGCGUUAGUGAGCGAUUCGUGAAACAACAGUAUCAUUGCCGCCAUCCUUCGCCGUUCAUGAUGCUGGAACGAGGCAGCGACAAAUUCGCAGGUGGACGCAGCACAUUCGGAAGUGUCGCGUGGUGCGCGUGUUGCGUCCUCGUGUUUUCCAUCGUCCUGGCCGACGGCGUGCCUUCCGGAUCUGAGCCAAUAAUAAACACCACAUGGGGCCCGGUGCGCGGAAAAUGGAGCAUGAGUUUGAACGGCCGGCCGAUCGCGAAUUUCCUCGGGAUACCAUACGCGCUGCCUCCGUUGGGUGAUUUGCGAUUUAAGAGUCCGCAACGAUGGAACCGUACGUGGACGACGGUUCGCGACGGCACGUAUGACAGGCAAAUGUGCACUCAGUUUUUUCGCGGAGAAGUGCUCGGUGGCGAGGACUGUCUUCAUCUGAACGUCUUCAUGCCCAUGCUCCUGGGCAACCAACUGAGAGUGCCGGUUGUAGUCUACGUAUACGGCGGCAUGUUCAAAUUUGGCAGCAGCAAUAGCACACUGUACGCGCCGGACUAUCUGUUGGAUCACGACGUGGUCCUCGUUACGUUAAAUUACCGACUCAAUGCUUUAGGCUUCUUCAGCACGACGAACCAAGUCGCGCCGGGCAACUACGGCCUCAAAGAUAUAGUAGCGGCCCUUCAUUGGAUUCAAGAGAAUAUCCAUUACUUCGGAGGGAACCCCGAGUCAGUUACCAUGAUGGGAACGAGCUCUGGUGCCGUCUUGGUUCACAUGCUCGCACUCUCAGACAAAUCGGAGGGCCUGUUCCACCGUUACAUUCUGCACAGCGGAAGCGCUUUGCACCCGUGGGCUCUUCAGUCCAAAGAAACAACCAGACGAAUUGGCCUGGAAUUCGCGUGGAGCGUCGGCUGUCUGCCACCGGGAGUCGACAAUGCGACCGCAUCGAACGAGACGAUCGCGAAUUCCGGGCAGUAUGACAUAUCGGCUGACGAUGUGGAACAAGAGAUAAUGAAGUGCAUGAGAGACACUGACCCGGGUGAAUUGUCGAGAAUGAGUACCAUGUAUUUUUGGAGGAUGCGUCCGUGUUGCCCCUUCUUGCCCACACUGGAGGAGGAGUCCGAAGACGCCAUUGUGACGAUGCCCCCGCUACAAGUCAUAAAGAACGGAUUGUUCCGCGACAUACCGGCGAUAAUACUAGUCACAAAGGACGAGGGUCUAUUGAGUUCGAUGGACUUCAUUUUGAAUCCUGAAAUCAGGAAGGAGAUGAUAGAGAAUUUUGAGGAAUUUUUGCCCUAUGUGUUGGAAUAUCAGGACGUGAUUUCCAACACUAGCGUCUUCGCCGAUGCGAUACAGAACUUUUAUUUCGGUGGAAAUCUCACGGAAGCGAAUUUAAUGCGCAACAUCACGGAGAUGAUAGGCGACGCGACAUUGAUAUGGCCGUCGUUUCAGACUGCGCGAUAUCAGUCGGAAAUGGGAAACGCCAGCGUUUACUUAUCUCUCUUCGCAUACCAAGGGACGUUCUCAGCUACCUUCUCUUGGAACAGUCCGACUCAUUACGGCGUCUGCCACACUGACGAACUAAACUACUUGUUCCCUAUUUUCAACAAUGCGUUUAAGGAUUGGAUGCUACACAAUACGGAGAAUGAUAACGCUAUGAUUACCUUUAUGACGGAGAUAUGGACGAAUUUCGCAAGAGAUGGGGUGCCGAGAGCGUGGACGAUCCCCGCAUGGCCCGAUUACCGCGAUCAUCAUCAGUUCAUGAGAUUCGGGCUUGACGGCUCGCCGGAUAUUGCGGUGCAAGCCGAUUUCCUGCCCGCCAGAAUGGAGUUCUGGGAGAAGUUGACGGCGAACGUAUCGACGGAAUGCGAUGUGGAGCCCGACGUGUUCACUGACAACCCUGCAGACAAUAUGAUAACCACGAUCGGUGGUACGGCCCAUCACAGAUUAAUGCUCGACGUCGCGUUGAUCAUCGCGCUCAUUCACCGGCUUAUUUAAAGAAAGUCAGGGAAAUAUACGUUAUAUAUGCGCACUAGGCGCGCGAUGUCAGCAAGCGUGUGUCGGGAUACACACGUGUCGUCCACAACGUGUGUACUUAAUUGAUUUUUCCCAGUCGCGCGCGGAGCUCGAAUAAAAAUACUAACGCUCGUGCCCCGAAAACACUCCCACGGCGCAAAUGUAAAAAGGGAGGAACGCGAGUAAACGUACGUGCAAUAUUCCGUGUAAAUCGUAAAAAUUAGUGUCUCACGCGGCUCCAUCGAAAGAGCAGUGUGUUCAACGUGUUACUCGCGAAAACGUUCGGGCAUGCACGCGCGGAGCGGAUGAUAUAUAUGCGUGUGUAUACAUCGUGUACGUAUCGUGGUGGAUAUAAAACACGUGCAAGCUCGAUCGCGCCACUUGUGGCUCGAGACCAUCGUACCUCGCGGUUCCUCUGCGCCCUUUUCCUCCCCGCGCAGGGAGCUAGUUUACUCGUCCCAGUAAAAAGUAACGACGACAGUAAAUACGAGACGGAGCUGUCUCGUUUCCUAUCCACCGCUUAUCUCCUGCGCGGCGCGCGAAAGAUCGAUACGCCCGUUAAGGGGAGAACUCCAUGUAAUUGGUCGGAAAAAUCGAUUUUUUUUUUUCAUUUAAAUCGAAUCCUUGUUAUAUGGAGAAUAUAAAGUUUUAAAAAAAUUCGAAGCAUUAAUGGCACUACGGACAUGUUUAUACCUGCGCCGUGUGCAAGUAUAAGAGCCGCCCGGCGCGUCUUGGCCGGACCCCUCCUGUUUCUCGACUUAAUCCCUUUUGCACAAUAGACUUUAAUGUUUCUCAGUGGCCGAGAGGUGCUUGGGAGAGCAUACACAGUAUGCUAAUGAGAGUCUAAAUGCAAUGAUCUGACGAUUAGCUCCCAAACACUUACAUGGCACUUAUUGGCACUAAAAUAAUAGAAAUAGCUGCUUAUAUUGCUAGUAGCAUUUAACGAGGGCUAUUCUGCAGCGCUAAAAAUGAUGAAUGUAUCGGAAUUUAAAAUUGGCCAGCAAUACAAAAAUUACGUCGAUUUAUUGGACAGCAAGCGAUUGAACAAGCUCAUAGCACCACAAAGGAGGCUCGAAUAGCUUAUAAACAAAAAAAAUUGCAGAAAACUAAUUUUUCGAGGAAACGGAGGGCCUAUUAUAUGGAGCUGGAAUUAAAGAAUAGUCGAAAAGAGCCAUGAGUUUCCAAAAACUGUUUUUUUGUUUAUUUAUUUGUUUCGUUAAUUUUAAACGUUUUUCUCAGAACUACUUUUUCAACUUACGUACAUCAAAAUUCAAAAACUAUUCAACCAAUUGCGUUGCACUUAUGCGUGCAUGUACAUUAUUACUUUUGUAAUAGAAUAAACCUAUAUGUAAUUAAUAUUUAUUUAUUUAAACAACUUUUCUCAAACAAUUAAGAUGAAAAUUUUCCGUAAAAUUUUAACCUUUUCUUUCGAAGUCGUUUAUUUUCACUAAAUUUCUAAUUUUUUUAUAAAUUUUUUUAUAAAUUUAGAUUCAUUCCUCGUGAUUUUUAUUAAAAAAAAAACAAAUCUUUUAAUAUUUUGCUGCAGAAUUAAAACUGAAAUCGCUAGAAUGUACGCAAGUUCACCUCAUAAAAAACGAAACCUCUGAUAUCGACCUCUAUUAACCAUCAAAAUAUCCAUUACUAUUGCUCAAAGAAAAUGUUUUCUAGUUCUUUGAGUAUGCAUUUAAAUAUACUAAAAAUUUCAAAAAGAUUCAUCGAAUAGCUUUUUUUUUAAUUCCUAAAGACUGCCUAUUUUUCGGCUUAUUUACAUGAAGUUCUCCCCUUAAUAGCGCCGAUAAAGUUUCCGAAGCUGAGAAGCUUCGUCUACUUACCCUGAGAGAGACACAGAAUACUGGAAUAAACAGAGUUUGCAGGUCCUAUAUCAUUUCCCUUGCGCGCGCGCGCGCGCCUUUGUGUCUCAUACAUUAGAAAUUAGAUCUAAUGUAAUAUAUCCCUCUAAAGUACAAUCGGUGUAUUCUUCACUGAAAUGCUAUACUUACAACUGGCGUUUUAGUUAUAUGUAUAACGCUGCAAUCGGCAAAAUUUCACUGAAAAGAUCAAUUAAUUAUUAGUGAUUAUUCCCAUUACUAUUGAUACGCUUUGCGAACACAGGCAGUGUCAUUGCACAAAAGACACGUAGAAGUCAUUAUUUCCAUCGUAAUCCAAUCCAAAACGUUAGAUUUAACAACAUAAAACAAGUUUGUGUAUUACAUUGAGAGAGAGAAAAUAUCUAAAAAAUAAAGAAUAUUUAUUCAGA